GGCUUUGCUUCCCCAUGUUGUUAAAAUCAGAUUAGGGGUGCAUUGCACUGAUAUUCAUGAACAUGGUCAAUGUGGGAUCUGACAGAAUUUUGUCCCUGUGUUUCAUCUCUUUGCCUGCAUUCAUGGCUCGUUAGUUGUUUCAUCAGCUUUUGCCAUUUUUGUUGAAACGUUUGGGACUGUUUCGUGGGACUCACGUGUAUACUUUUACUCGUGCUUUGGAAUUUUGUAACGUGGAUAAAGUUGAUGCCAUGAUAGUGGAAAAAAGUGGGGUUCAAAAGGAGCUUUUGUUAGGGGUAGAAAUUUCGGGCUUUCUGUUCCUUUUCUUUGUUUUUAUUUUUUCCUAGAAGCAGCUUUUGUGAAAAAAUAAUGGCGUUUGAUUAUGGAAACGCUUUCAUUUUAUUUGUUUUUCAGCAUGUAACCAGUUGCGUUUUUAUUAAAAAUGACAUUUUGUUAGGAAGGUUUGGUGUAUGUUUCUUAUAGGAAAUGGUGUUCCUUGAGUAACGUCUGUCAUUCAAAUUCAGGCUUGGAUGAUUUGAGAUUAAGGAGCAACUACCGGAGUUUCAUCUGUUUCGAAAGAUGGGGGUGAAUUGACUUUGAACUUCUCAGAGGCUCCAUCCUAGUUGUAAUCUUAUGAAGUGGAGCUUCUCUGAGGUACAUGUUGAAGUAAGAUGAUUGAGCAAUUCAUCAAUUUCAUUAUUCGGCCCCCAAGGGCUGAAUAUGAUCCAGAUCGAUACCUAUGGGAAAAGGAAUUCACCCUUGCAGGAAGAACAUACCAACGGAAGGAUUUGGAGCUCAAGAAUUCCAGAGGUUAUACCUUGAAGUGUAGCCAUUAUCUACCUUCACCUUUGCCUGAAGAUAUUUCUCUUCCUUGUGUUGUAUAUUGCCAUGGAAAUAGUGGAUGUAGGGCUGAUGCCAAUGAAGCUGCUGUUAAUCUUCUUCCAUCAAAUAUUACUGUUUUUACUCUUGACUUCUCGGGGUCAGGCUUAUCUGAUGGAGACCAUGUUAGCCUUGGUUGGCAUGAAAAAGACGAUCUCAAGAUAGCGGUGUCAUAUUUAAGAAGCAACAAGCAAGUAUCUCGUAUCGGUCUUUGGGGACGAUCAAUGGGUGCUGUUACUAGCCUUCUUUAUGGAGCUGAAGACCCUUCUAUUGCUGGGAUGGUGUUGGAUAGUGCCUUUUCAAACCUGUAUGGUCUGAUGCUAGAGCUCGCUGAUGUCUAUAAAAUUCGACUUCCAAAGUUCACUGUUAAAAUGGCUGUACAAUACAUGCGGCGGGUUAUUGAGAAGAAGGCAAAAUUUGAUAUCAUGGACCUGAACUGUUUGCAGGUUGCACCGAAGACAUUCAUUCCUGUUUUAUUUGGACAUGGUAAUGAUGACCAAUUCGUUCAGCCUCACCAUUCUGAUCUCAUCUCUGAAUUAUAUGCGGGAGACAAAAAUAUCAUAAAAUUUGAUGGUGAUCAUAACUCCUCUAGACCACAGUUCUUUUUUGACUCAAUUUCCAUUUUCUUCUACAAUGUCCUCCGCCCACCUCACAUUCCCAAAUCUCGCAAGCUUUACGGAUAUCUUGAUGUAGGGGAUUUGAAGAUCGGUUCUGCUGUGAAUGAGAGCUUAUUAUUUGGGAUAAUCUCUAGUUUACAGUCUGCAACUAUUGAUGCUGCAAGUUCAUCUUCCGCUCCUAGAGAGCAUACUCCAAAAGUUGCUCCUAGAGCUGCUCCUGACUCCAUGAUCAGAGAGCAACUAAUGCAUGGAAAUUAUGAACCUGCAGAUAUGAAGGAUGAGCCAAAUGACUUGACUGAAGAUUAUUACUCAUACACCAGCUCAACUCGAGAAAGCUUGGGCAGAUGUUCUUCUAUAGUAUUCAGCGAUGAAGAAUCUUGUCCAGAUUACAGGGAUGAUGAUAAUGGUUCUGAGGUAUUUGCAACACCCCUUGGAAGCCUGAGAGAAAUAUCUGCAGACCCUAAAGAAGAGGAAAAGGGCCAGAAAAAGAAGAAGAAGAAAGCUGAAAGAUUCACAAAGAAGCACAAGUCUGACAGAUUUCAGAAGUGGGAGUCCCUCAGUCGAAAGCUACGACUUUGCAUUCUGAAGGGAUCUGCCAAUCGGAGACCAAAGCCCUCAUGACAUGUCUUGACUACUAUGUGUUACAUAUUUAGCUAACUACAUGUUUUCAUAAGAUCAAUGUAAGACACUGCUAUAUUUAGGCACUUCAUGAAACUCAACUUGUUUGUAGGUUAACUAGUUGAUUGACUCAAUUCUCAUUAGGGAAAUGAUUCAACAUGUAUUUUUGUGCGAAAUGUUGGCUUCUCUUUCUGGCU